GCAGCACUGCUGUUUGUGUUUUGCUUCACGCCAUGUUUCAAACCAGUCGCUUCUGCACUCGAUAAGAAACGUUGUAAGAAAUUACUUAUUAUUUCGUAUAAUACCCAAGCUAGCAGGGAAAACUCUUAACGCAAAUUUGAGUUAACCUCAACAUCAUGGACAUUCGCCCUAACAACACGAUUUACAUCAACAAUCUCAAUGAGAAAAUCAAGAAAGAAGAACUUAAAAAGUCCUUAUAUGCGAUAUUUUCGCAAUUCGGACAGAUUCUCGACAUAGUUGCCUUGAAAACACUCAAAAUGCGCGGCCAGGCUUUUGUUAUAUUCAAAGAAAUCCAGAGUGGAACAAAUGCACUGCGUUCCAUGCAAGGAUUCCCAUUCUAUGAUAAACCAAUGAGGAUACAAUACAGCAAAUCUGAUUCUGAUGUAAUUGCAAAAAUUAAAGGUACAUUUGCAGAGAGGCCAAAGAAAAUCCGCCCACCGCCUUCAAGUAAUGACGACGCACCUAAAAAGAAGAAGAAGAACAAGGACCCAAAUCGCGUUCCGGGCACAAACAACGCGGAGCAACCUCCGAAUCAAAUUCUUUUCCUCACCAAUCUACCGGACGAGACCAGCGAGAUGAUGCUGUCGAUGUUAUUCAAUCAAUUCCCUGGUUUCAAAGAAGUGCGUCUUGUUCCGAAUCGUCACGAUAUUGCUUUCGUCGAAUUCGAGAACGAGCUGCAAUCGGGCGCAGCCAAAGACGCUUUACAAGGGUUCAAAAUUACACCGACGCAUGCGAUGAAGAUCUCAUUCGCAAAGAAGUAGACAUAGUCAUAGUUUUACGUUUUAUUCAUUAAGUAAACCAAACACAAUUCGGUGUUUUCGGAAUUAAUUUUGUUUUGUAACAAUUUCCCUGCAUAAUUUAAAGAAAAUAAGUUAAUUUUAAUCAA